AUGGUUAAGUUCCCUGUUGCUCUUUCCGGCCUUUUGGCUCUUUUCCAUUCUACUCUGUACUCCAGAACUGUCCUGGCGGAUGAUCAGGACGUUAAUUCACUUUCCUCCUUCGAGUCCAAAUGUUCUUCCUUCAGCCUGCAAGGCGUCUCCGGUGCAAGCGUAACAAAGACCAAGUACUACGCUAACGGCACGACGGUGAAGCUGUCGAGCAGCAUGUCGAGUAUCGAUACGGACGAUCUCCCGGACUUUUGUCGCAUUGAACUCACCAUCACGACCAAUUCGACGGCAAACUCCUCAUGUAAUACAGAGGUUUGGUUACCCAGUACAUGGAACGGGAGGUUCCUGACUGUAGGCAAUGGCGGGUUUGCUGGGGGCGUCAACGUGGGGGACUUGGGUUAUGUCGCUGUCAACCAAAGUUAUCAAGGCCAUACAUCGUCAAUCACCAGUGCUGCGUGGGCUGGACCGCAUGAUGAUAAUGCUAUCGUUGAUUGGGGCUGGCGAGCUAUGCACUUCAGUGUUGUCGUCGGUAAGGAAGUCGUGAAGCAGUAUUAUGGGUCCGCACACAAGAAGGCGUACUACAUUGGUUGCUCUCAAGGCGGACGUUCCGGGUUCAAGGAAAUGCAAUCAUUCCCCGACGACUUUGACGGCCUGGUCAUUGGGUCUCCAGCGGCUUGGCAUUCUCAUCUGAGGAUGUGGGCCGGACACCUCAAUAAUCUCGUACAGCCAAACACGUCCGAUCGUUACAUCGAGCCAGCCGUGUGGGAUGACGUUAUUCACAAGGAGGUUCUGAAACAGUGUGACGCUAUUGACGGGCUGUCGGAUGGCAUUAUCAACGAUCCUAGGCUUUGCAACCUCAACACAUCUGCGCUCCUUUGCCAAUCCGGCCAGAACGCGUCAACCUGUCUCAGCAGCACUCAGGUUGAGACUUUCGAGAAAAUCUACUCUGACUACAUCGUGAAUGGAGAUUGGGUUUUCGGUUCGUGGUACCCGGGCGGGGAGCUCGGAUACUCAACAAGCUACGUGGAGAAACCGUCUGUGGUGUCUCAGAGUUGGUUCCGCUACAUGCUUUUGAACGACACCACAUGGCCACUCGGCGAUUAUAACUCGUCUCUGAUUGCUGUCGGUGACGCCAUCGAUCCUGGACAGUCGGACGCCAUCGAUGCUAACCUCACUACAUUCGCUGGAUCCGCGCAUAAUGGAAAGCUGCUCCACUACGUCGGAUGGGCAGACCAGAUCAUCAGCCCUGGUGCAAGCAUUCACUACUACGACAGCGUCAAGAACUACACGCAGGACAAUAUGCAAGUAAACAUCGACGACUUCUAUCGGCUGUUCAUGGUCCCUGGGAUGGAGCACUGCUAUGGAGGCGACGGUGCAAACGCGUUCGGUUCUGUGCAACAAGCCGACAGUAACAUGCCACCGCUGAAUCACGAGCCCGAGUACGACGUGCUGGCUGCUAUGGUCCAAUGGGUCGAGGAGGGUAUAGCGCCUUCGUCCCUGAAUGCCGUGCACUAUAAGGACAACGACGUAAAGAAUGGUAUCGACGCCAUCCGUCCUCUAUGUCAAUACCCCGAAUCCCUCUACUAUACUGGCAGUGAUCAGAUGGAUCCUGGAUCGUAUACUUGCAAGGUGGCGAACUGA